GAAAAAGAAACUAGCGGCCAUCAAGCAACAAAACAACCCGGAGGAUGAGGAGUCUUCGUUCUCGACCGCUGCUGAGAUGGAUUUCUUCAGGAGGGCCGUCCGGGAGCGGGAGUGGAGCCACGCUGUUGGUGAUGAACCGAAGCGCGUGGCGCUCGGCCCGCGAUGGCGUGGCCCUUGUCAAGCAGCGACGGCGGUGCGGCGCAUGUGGCAUCGCAAGGAGGCGGGCUUGUUAUGAGGGUGGUCGAGGCGGUUCACUGUGGAACUCGGGCUCUGCGAACUGCGGGCAUGGCAUGGCAAUGAAGGCAGCGGAUCCUGGGCAUGCCUCACGCGACGCGGCGGCGGCGGGCAGCCGGUGGGACGCUGGGGCGAUGGCGGGAACGCGUAUAUGUGUGGCCAGGAGGCCGGGCUCGGCGCAUCACCUGCGCAGGCUCAUGGCAGCGGUAACUGACAGCGCGCUCAACCAGAGACCGGCGGCGGACAUCGGUGCCGGCGACAGCGGCCAGCGCUUCGUGGCGACACGCGCGGCCAACAUGGCCAGGGUGCCUUGCGGAGCAGCGGCUGCCCGACGAGUGGUGGCGGUGCGCGGGCGGUGGCCAGUGCGCACAGGAAGCAAGCUUGGCGACAGCAUGUGUGCCGUGCGCAGGCCAGCUCAGCGUGAAGCACACAAACACGAGGUGCGCAUCCGACUGCUGCUACUUCACAACUGUAUUUUGUAGUUGUUGCUACGUCAUGAGCGAGGUGCUGAGGAACGAAGUCAGCCUCGACGCAAUCAAAUAUAGUACACCGCACUGCGGAGCAAUGCCGUCAAGAAGUCAAUGGUGAAGUGCAUUUUAGGUACAAACGUCAGGUUUCAAUUGCACAACUAUAGAGUGGAGUAUUGCUAAUGGUGAAGUGCAUUUGUAUUAUCUGCAUUUUUAUUUUAAAGCAAUACUCUGUAAAGUUUUUCACUGCCCAUGUACAUAUUUUCAACUUUGUCUAAUAAAACCAAAGUUCAGAUUAUAUUUGGUCAGCCAAAACUGUGGUUUAUACAGUACCCUGUUCAUUUCAACAUACCAGUGUUUAUGAUAUUCCAACUUUUGACAUCACUAUAUUUUUAUAAGUCCAACACCUGAUGAAGAUCUUCUUUUGACAGUUUUUGACAUCACCAACUUUUGACAGGUUUUAUAACCAACUUUUGACGUCACUAUAUAUUAUUUUUACCAUUGUAUAGCUUGUGCACAUUCGAAUCGGCACAUCUUGAACACGGGUAAAUAUGAACCCGCUUUUCAAAAAUGUACUUUCAACCCAUUUUGUAAUGUCAAAAA